GGAGGUGGAGGGUGGGAGAACAUAUAAAGCUCCUUGGGAGCAGCAAUCCUUUACUGUCCGAGCUGAACGGAUCUGCUCUCAGCAUGAAGACACUUCUGUUUGGGCUCCUGCUUGGCCUGGCAUACGUGGAGUUGGCCCAGUCCUUACGAUGUUACACGUGCAAGGAACCAACGGACAUUGAUAAAUGCAGAACAGCCACCCUGUGCCCCCCGAAAUCCACCGUGUGCACAACAACACUGCACUCCUUAGAGACAGGUUACCCCUUUUUUGGCAACAUCACUGUGACUAGAAGCUGUGAGGAGGAAUGCCUCUCCUAUGAUGGGAUAGGAGCAACCAGACCCAAGUCAUGCUGCUACACCGACCUCUGCACUGACGACACCAGGAGCAGCAAUGGGGUGAGAAGCAGCUCUGCAGCACUGGGUCUGAUGGCCAUGGCUGUUGGCACAUUCCUCCAGUGUGCUCUGUAAUAUCACCAGUGCCCAUGCUCCAGCCAAAACACCCCCCACUCCUCUCUGCCAGGCUGCCUUGUGAAUUCUCAGAUGCCUUAGGAAUAACCUUAUCUGCUGAUAUGUGGCUCCACCCGUCUUUGAUGUCAUGAAUUCAAGUGGAUUCAAGCCAUGAGUCGGGGCACCUGGAUAUAAAACCCUCAAAUUUCCAGUUCCCAGCUGCUAAUAUUCCUCACCUUCAGCUGCUUCUGCUCCUCAGGACUAAAAUCUCCCCCUAUGGCUUUCCUCUGUGGGCAGCAGCAGUGGAUGAAGUGCUGCAGGUCUGCGCAGCAGGAGGGACUGGGCAGUGCCAUCAAGGCUGGUGUCAUCCUCAGAUGGAUCUCGGAGGAGCUCUAUGCACAUCAGACAUGGACAGCGCUUUUUUUCCCAGGUGUCCCCAAGCUCCCACACAACCUGUGCCUGUGUGUCUCUAUUAAAUCCCAGUGCACAACCCUCCAAAACUCCCGCAACACUCCACCAGGAGCUUGGCUUAUUGUCUUUCCACUUCUGGUGACAUCUCCUGAGUCAGAGCAGCAGAUGGAUAUUGGUCCCCACUUACUACCUGCUCAGCAGAGUGUGGCUUGCAAUUGCAGAGAGCUGGCAUAGAAUUCGGUCUAGAAUAAGCUGUGAAAUGAAUUCAGAAGGGCUCAGUCUUUAUGGGUUGAGAUGGGAAGUAUUUCUGGAAAGCUCAAAACACACCCUGGGCUAACAGACCAGGGCAGGUUAGACCUGCAAAAGAAAACUGGGGAGUUUGGCUAGCCAAAACCCUCAGCAACCCUUUGUCUGAGCUCAGGUUGCUAUCAGAGCUCCUGGAUUUCCCUUCCCAGAUGUUUUACAGAUCAUUUCAAGCAACUUCUUCUGUUACUCUGCCUUCCCCCAUCCCUUCACAGCACAGACUGCAGGAAAGGAAAAGUAACGAUUAUCCCAGACCCUCAACUGUAGGAAAAGUCAAGAGCUCUACUCACACAGGUUAACAGCACCACUUGGUCCCAGCUGGGGAUUUACUCUGUUCUCCUUUGGAGGAGCUGUAAAGUGGAUUUUGAUGCCCUGUCUGCUGUAAAAAAACAGAUGGAGUAGAAGCAGGUACAAAUGAACCAGGCAUGACCAGCUUGCAGCCCUCUCUGGUGGAGGAAAUCCAGGGAACUUGACAUUUGCUCUGUUCCUAUUGCCAGAGCUCAUCCAGGGGAGCAGGAGGCAACCUGCAAAAGCAAAGGCAGAGUGGAGCAUGGGUACAUCCCAUGCACCAUCCUCGAGUGUUCAUGCCAUUCCUACAACUUCCUUUGUGGCAAUGUCUAUUUUUUUUUCCAUUUUUUUUUUUCCCCCCUCCAUUUUUUUUCCAUUUUUCACUCUGUUUCUAUAAAACACCAGCCAGGAAACCAAAAGAAUAAGGUGGGGGGCUCUUUUACUUCAAUGCACAAAGGUAAUUGUUUCUCCAGGUCUGUAACAGUACCAUUUGCAAGAAAACUUUGACAAGGCAUUGCAUUCCUUGGCAGAGGGCCCUGUGCAAGCCUGGGGCUCAUGAGGAUGAUGAGCCCCUUUGUUCUGGAGGUGAAGCACUCUCUGCUGCACUAAAAUAUUUCCAGCUUCCCUGAAGCACCCUUGCAAAGCUGAGAUCUACGGGGGGGGGGGGGGGGGGGGGGAAAUGCCAUUGAGAGGACAAUGAUUGGGAAUUACACAAAUACUGAUAUUACACCUACCCUUGUAGGCACAGAGCACCAGCUUCUGUUUCCUACUUGUCUGUUCUCCAUUUCUCUGCUGCAAAACCAGCCUGACGUGUCAGGCCAGAAGCAAACCACCAUCACUGCCAUCCUUAGAUCAGAUUCCCUUUUCUAUACUGGGUUCAAGCUUUGCAGUAAAUCACUGUCCCCAGUGGCCUUUCCAUUCUGGCUGCAGGUUCCUGUGCUGUGCUGACGUGGGCUGAACUUCCCUCCAUCUAUUGCACACACAGGUGGGGCAGGGUCUGGAUACAGAGGGACUGGGAGGGUGAGGGUUCCCUUUUGAGCGAGAAUCUAGCAAAUAAAGUUGGAUCCUCCAGUUUUCA